AUAAGCCGUGACAAUGAGAAGCCCAGCGAAAUGCCAGAGAUGCAGCUGAACGCGAAGACCGAUCGUCUGUCUAGGCGCCCAAGAACCCAGCAGACGGCCAAUUAACUCCAGAAGUGUAUUGGAAAAGCUUUUGAACCCUACGCACAGUCGUCGGUCACCGAUUCUAGCUGAAGUUCCUCAGGUUUUAUUCUUUUGUGGCUUUCGUACUCCGCGGUAUGGCGACAAUCAAGGGUUUUGCAACACUCAGGAGAUCGUGUUGUGCAGUCAAAGGUCAGCGAAAUUUUUCCAGUGUUGGAUUCAUCGGCCUCGGAAACAUGGGCAAUAGCAUGGCUAAGAAUAUUAUGAAAAAGGGUUUCAAAUUAAAUGUUUUUGAUAUAAAUUCAUCGGCUGUGACGAAUGUCGUUGAAGCGGGAGCUACAGCUGCUUCGAAUGUUGCCGAAAUUGCAAAAAAUUCUGAGGUAGUCAUUACAAUGUUACCUGCGAAUGAUCACGUAUGGAAUUGUUAUACAGGAGAAAAUGGCCUUUUGAGUGCUGUGAAGAAGGAUGCCCUUUUCAUUGACAGUAGUACAAUUGAUCCACUAGUGUCUCAAAAUAUUUCUGUGGAGACCCUGAAGAAGGGAGCGAAGUUUCUGGAUGGUCCAGUAUCAGGAGGUGUUGUUGGUGCACGCGAUGCUACAUUGACCUUCAUGGUGGGUGGUGAGAAACAACAGUAUGAGAGAGCCAAGCCCCUUCUCGAAGCUAUGGGAGCACGAGUUGUUCAUUGUGGUGAUGUGGGCAUGGGCCAGGUCGCAAAAUUAUGUAACAACAUGUUAUUAGCGAUUAGUAUGAUCGGCGUAUCGGAAGCAGUCAACCUUGCCGAUCGACUGGGAUUAGAUCCCAAAGUGAUGACCAGCAUCAUCAACACAAGUACCGGACGCUGCUGGUCGUCAGAAAUCUAUCCACCAGUGCCUGGAAUAAUCGACAGUGUUCCCAGCUCCAAUGACUACAAGGGAGGCUUCACGACCUCAUUGAUAACGAAAGAUCUCGGCCUCGCCCAGGCCGCAGCGACUCGGAGCAACGCAAUCAUUCCCCUCGGGUCUCUUGCUCAUCAAGUUUACAGAUCGUUGAUGGGGCAGGGAUUCUAUGAUAAGGAUUUCAGCGUCAUCUACGAAUAUCUUAAGGGCCAUAAGUGAUCGGCCAUGAUCUUCACAACCGACUAAACAGUUGAUAUUUUUUAUAUAGUUUUUGUCGUGAAAUAAAUUUUUUAUGUCUUGAUAACUGAGACUUAUUAUCAUAAAGUAUCAUGCAAAACUCAAUGAAUGAAAACGAAAUUGAUAAAAGGAAUUUUACUACUCCUUUCGGCGAUAAGCCGAUAUUGGAAUAAAAUUUACAAUUUAGUAGUAA